AUGAGGCGGGUUAGCGGGCUUGCCACCGUUCGCCGCGCCGUGGGAGGCGUCGCCGCCGGGAACCACUCCAACCAGCGCCACGACUGCCUCUUCCAGGCGGCUCUUUUCAGCACGAACAGUAGCAGUAACUCUUCGGCUAAAUCUCACUGGUUCUCGAACAACAGGAUCUACGGCAAUCAAUCAGCUAGCGCCGCCGCGCACACUUUCGUGGGGACGAUGUUGUUCUCGGUGGCCGCCACCACGCUUGCGGAGGAGGUCCACGCGAAGGAGCCCGUGCAGUUGAAAUUCCGGCCGAAGGACGUCGUUCUUUAUCAGUACGAAGCUUGCCCUUUCUGUAACAAGGUCAAAGCUUUUCUGGACUACUAUGAUAUCCCCUACAAAAUUGUGGAGGUCAACCCUAUCAGCAAAAAUGAAAUAAAGUGGUCUGAUUACAAGAAAGUGCCGAUUCUUAUGGUGGAUGGCGAGCAGAUGGUUAACUCAUCAGAUAUAAUAGAUAAGUUGACCAAAAAGAUCCAUCCAGACGUGCCAGCUGAUUCUGUUGCGGAAGAUAGUGAAGAGAAGAAGUGGCGUGGUUGGGUCGACAAUCACUUGGUGCAUAUUCUGUCGCCUAAUAUAUACCGGUCCACAUCCGAAGCCCUUGAGUCGUUUGACUACAUCACUAGCCAUGGGAACUUCAGUUUCACGGAGAGAAUAACAGCAAAGUAUGCUGGGGCUGCCGCAAUGUAUUUUGUCUCGAAAAAAUUAAAGAAAAAAUAUAACAUCACGGAUGAACGUGCUUCGUUAUAUGAAGCUGCGGAAACAUGGGUGGAUGCUCUCAAGGGUCAAGAUUUUCUAGGUGGGACAAAGCCCAACUUAGCUGACCUUGCUGUUUACGGUGUUUUGAGGCCCAUUCGCUACCUCAAGUCCGGUCGGGACAUGGUGGAGAACACCCGUAUUGGUGAUUGGUAUUCCCGAAUGGAAAGUGCUGUUGGAGCAUCUUCCAAAAUCCAGGCCUAG